CGGGCGGGGGGUGAAGAAGGGGCCGGCCUUCGCGCGACAGCGACGCAAGAUGGCAGCCACCACGGGCUCGGGAGUAAAAGUCCCUCGCAAUUUCCGACUGUUGGAAGAACUCGAAGAAGGCCAGAAAGGAGUAGGAGAUGGCACAGUUAGCUGGGGUCUAGAAGAUGACGAAGACAUGACACUUACAAGAUGGACAGGGAUGAUAAUUGGGCCUCCAAGAACAAUUUAUGAAAACCGAAUAUACAGCCUUAAAAUAGAAUGUGGACCCAAGUACCCAGAAGCACCCCCCUUUGUAAGAUUUGUAACAAAAAUUAAUAUGAAUGGAGUUAAUAGUUCUAAUGGAGUGGUGGACCCAAGAGCCAUAUCCGUGCUAGCAAAAUGGCAGAAUUCAUAUAGCAUCAAAGUCAUCCUGCAGGAGCUGCGGCGCCUCAUGAUGUCAAAAGAAAAUAUGAAACUCCCUCAGCCGCCGGAAGGACAGUGUUACAGCAAUUAAUCACAAAGAGAAACCACAACCCCCCGCCCCUCCCCAUUCAAUUUAAGCAGUCUUCAUUUUCCACAGUAGUAAGUUUUCUAGAUACGUCUUGUAGACCUCAAAGUACUGGAAAGGAAGCUUCCAUUCAAAGGCAGUUUAUCUUAAGAUACUGUAAAUGAUACUAAUUUUUUGUCCAUUUGAAAUACAUAAGUCGUGCUCUAACCAAUCACCAUCCUGUCAAGUGUAACCACUGUCCACAUAGUCGAACUUCUGGGAUCAAAAAAGUAUAUUGAAAUUGAGUCCCGCCGUAACUGGUGGGGCACAUCUAACUCAACUGUGAAAACACAUCACACAAUCACCUUGCUGCUGAUUAUGUGGCCUGGGGUCUCUGCCUUCUCCCCUCUCCACCCACCCACCCCCUCGCUCCUGCAACAGCCCUCCAGCUCGGGGUGGCUCGUUAGAGUCGAUGUGAAGGUUUUAGGUCACAGCCUGUGGGACUCCUGCUGGGUGUGUGGGGUGCUUUGUCUGCACCCCUGGUUUCCUUUCUUAAGUCUUAAAUGAAGCCCCCCUUCCAAGCCAUCAUCCCAUCCCCAGACUCCACUAUCGCCCCUGGCCGAAGCAUAGAUUGUAACCCCCUCUUCUCCCCUCUGAAAUUGGCCUUUGGUGAGGAAUUCAGGGCUUUCCCCAUAACUCCCCCACCUUUAUCGAGGGGUGCUGCUUUUCCCGUCCUCCUCAAGUCCCUUUCUGUACCAUUACCACCCACCACCCUCCAUGACACUUCCUUGCUUUGGCCAGAAGCCAUCAGGUAAGGUUAGAAAGUCUCUGACCUCCCGCCUUUAGUUUUGGAACCACGUUUGUUUCCUCUCCACCAGCCUGGGAAAUGAAUAUCGGGUCCUCAGCCCUGCCGCCCUCUGCUGUCACCCUCAGCUGAUGGGUUUUUAGCUCAGGUUUCGCUAAGGUAAAAGAACAGUCCCCAGGGCUACUCAGACCUGCCCACUCUCAAAGUCCUUGGUGAUUAAACGUGGAGAAAGACCACAGGAAGACACUUGUAAGCACAUGCACGAUCCCUCUGACUGAAUUGUUUUCUUUUCCUGUAAUUGCUUUUGCUUUUAAAAAAAUGAAGUUUUAAAACAGGGCUCUUAUUUGGUCAUCCUUGCGAUCCUUUGGGGUCUAGUUUGGAAUCUGACAACUGGAACAAAAAGAACCUUGAAUUCGGUGCAUACUUUGGUUUUGGUGCUGCUGCUUCUCACGGUCCUCAGCAGGGAUUAAAAAAGAACUCGGUGUGCACGGCAGAUCCCCGAAAUUGGCGGGCUUGACUUCCUGGCAAAUUGCUGCGUUUUUCCACUUUUCUGUUUAGGACCACUAAAUGCUGAGAUGUGGAUGCAUACCGAAAUAAAGCAAUUCAUUGUGU